AUGCUCCCCUCCGUCGAGCGCCACGCCCGCGAUUGCGUCAAAGAACUCUUUCAGUUCAUAGCCGUCCAAGGGAAGGGCGACUACCUGGGCGAGCACGUAUCCCAGCUUGAGCACACCCUGCAGGCCGGUCAGCUUGCAGUACAAGCAAGCGCAGACGAUGACACCGUGCUAGGCGCUUUGCUCCACGAUGUCGGUCGAUUCAUCCCUGCAGCGGAGAAAAUGCCCGCCAUGAUCGCUGCAGACGGAGUCUUCGUUGGACGCGAGAGCCACGAGAUCUUGGGCGAGAAGUACCUCCGAGGCCUUGGGUUUAGCGAAUCGAUCUGCCAACUGGUCGGCGCGCAUGUCAUGGCAAAACGAUACCUGACGGCCGUGGAUAAAGAUUAUUACAACGGCUUAAGUCGGUCAAGUAAGACAACUUUGAAAUUCCAGCAGGGCGGUACCUUCACUCAACAGGAAGUCAUCGAAGCCCAGAAGGAUCCUCUUCUAGAGGCCAAACUGGCUGUUCGACGUUGGGACGACAUGGCCAAGGUGCCCAACAUGGUGACACUUCCGCUCGAAUAUUACGAACGAAUGGCGACCAAAAGCCUGCUCGAGUCGCGAUCUGUCUUUGAGCUGCACGGAAGAAAAUACAAGCUUCCCGAAAGACCCACUGUGGUGAUCUGUAUUGACGGCUUUGAUCCCGAGUACCUCGAACAAGGAGUCUCCGAUGGCAGCAUUCCUAAUAUGGCCAAGUUCGUCCAAUCAGGCUUCGCUGCAACCGCAAAAUGUGCCAUGCCAGCAUUCACUAAUCCCAACAACGUCUCCAUCAUCACCGGGGCACCGACGUCUUUACACGGCAUCUCGGGGAACUUCUUCCUGGACCGGACCACUCGAAAGGAGGAAAUGAUUGUCGAUGACACAUUGCUUUGGGGGUCGACCAUCCUGGAGCAGAUGUCGAAGCGUGGCGUCCGUGUGGCUGCGAUAACAGCGAAAGACAAGCUGAGGGCAAUCAUCAAUCACGGCUUGAAUUGUUCGCGAGGAGACAUCUGUUUUUCAGCCCAAUACGCUAACAAGUGUUCCCUCACGGAAAAUGGCAUCUCUGAUGUUGAGAGGUGGCUGGGCAUUCCCACUCCUGACCAAUACUCAGGAGACCUAUCUUUGUUUGUGCUUGAAGCGGGCAUCAAGCUGCUCGAGGAAAAUCGGGCGGACUUGUUCUACCUGACACUGUCGGAUUAUGUCCAGCACAAAUAUGCUCCUGGAAGCAAGGAAGCAAAUGCUUUCAUGUCAACUGUUGAUGAAUGCAUUGGACGGUUGGUUCAACUGGGCGCUUCUGUCGUCGUUACUGGAGACCACGGAAUGAGCGACAAGUGCAAAGAUGACGGCACACCAAAUGUUCUCUUUGUCGAAGAGGAGCUGGAUCGCAAGUUUGGAGGAGGCUCCUCUAGGGUCAUUUGCCCAAUCACAGAUCCCUUCGUUCGCCACCACGGCGCACUCGGCUCUUUUGUGCGAGUGUACUUGAAUCGACCAGACAUUAACAUCGAAGACGCACUGACAUACUGUCGAGCCUUCCCUCAAAUCGAGCUAGCUCUUGACGGAACAACAGCAGCUCAAAUAUUCGAGAUGCCUCUCGACCGCGAAGGAGAUAUUGUGCUGGUCUCCAAAGAGAAUGCCGUUCUCGGAAGUCGGAAGGAAGAACAUGUGCUCGACAAUUUACGGGACCAUCGGCUUCGCUCUCACGGAGGCCUUUCCGAGCAACCAAUCCCUCUACUAAGAUCUCUUGCUAUUACCGGUACAGUUGAAGACCGAGAGUGGAGGAAUUUCGAUGCCUUCGAUCUGGCUCUUAAUCUGUGA